CAACCUUCCACUUCUUGCUGAGGUGAAUUGACGCGGACCCGAGUGCCGCCUUUAGUUUCUUAGUGAGCAAUUUGGAGCUCCGCUUGCCUAAGCUAAAUCUCUAUUGCAAAGCCGCUCGAAUGGCGGCUAAAAUACAAGCGAUGGGCUUGAAGGCCUUGGCCGGGUGUGGAGCCACGGAGCCACCUCAAGGAGGAGCUGCUGUGCGUCCUGCUGUUUCUCCUGCUGUGCCACGGCUGGCCCUCGGCGCUAUUACGGGCUUAACAGCGGCCAAGCCCGCCUCACCGCGUCCUGCUGCCGAGCUGGGCGCCAGCGCCUGCGCCUGCCCAGCCACCAACUCGUGCACCGUGGACUUCGCCACGGUUGCACCGCACAACAUCAGCGCGCCGUCGCCGGUCACCUCGCCCCGCCUGGGAGCUGAUGAUGCGCCCGCCGCCGCCGCAGCCACCGCAGCUGCCGCCGCCACUGCCGCCACCACCACCGCCGCCACGGCAGCCUCGCCGCCCUACUCGCCCCAUGAGCAGUGCCAAGCCCUGCGCGACAGCGUCGCCUUCGUGUCGAAAGGCUUCCUGCAGCGCCUGCCGGCCAGCUGCCACAUGACGAACCACGUAGUCCUUCAAGACACAACCAACAGCAGCACCAACACCGGCUACCUCCUGGUCCGUGCCGAGGCCACGCUGCCCACGACGCCGCCGCCAGCCGCCGCCGCUGCCGCCGCCGCCGCCGCCGCGACCGCUUGCGGUGGCCUCGUCACUGCUGACCUGAUCAUCUGCGCCCAGAUGGUCAAGGUGGCGGCGCACGAAAAGACGGUGCUGGAGGCUGGCGGCGGCCUGCCGCCCGUAUUGCUCAAGGAGGCGGUGACCGAGGCGCUGGCACUCCACGUGGCCAACGGCCAACGCCGCAAGCAGACAGAGCAGCAGCAGAUGCAGAUGGCGGCGGCGGCGGCGGCGGGCAUCGGCCUCAACGACCUGAUGCUACUGGCGCCGCUGCUGGGGUACGAGGUGGAGUACGUGUCGCCCGGCGUCUUCAGCUUUGUGACGUUCUGGGAGCUGCUGCCCGUGGCGUCGCCUCCCCCGCCGCUACAGCCGGCAGCCGCCACCACCGCCGCCACCACCACCACCGCCACCGCCGCCACCACCAGCACCAGCACCAGCCUUGACGCCCUGGUCGCCUGCAUCGAGCAGACACAGACCUACCUGCCCCCCCGCCUGACGCGCGCCGCCCUGGUCGAGACGGCGCCGCGCGAGACCGUGCACUCUGUGACCGCCGCCGAUGCCUACGACGCCAGCGCGCCCGCCGCCGUCGUGCGGCAGGUGGAGAAGGUGGCCACCGCCGCUUACGGCAACGUGGCGUGCAAGACUGCGAGGUUCCAGGUGACGCCGACCAGUCAGGCGGAGCUCGCGGCAGGCGCCUGCAGCGAGGAGUUUGUGAUCGACGUGGACAUGCACAAGGUGCUGCGCGAGGUUGUCUUCGCCGCACACCUUGAGAACGACUUUGCGGCGGCGGCCGGCGGCGGCGGCGGCGGCAAGCAGCGGCUGCCGGCGCUGGUGGGCUGGGACGUGGAGGAGGUGUGCGCGGCGGACGGCGUAUACAACUUUAUCACCUACUGGGAGUGGGCGGAGCAGGGCUCAGCGCUACAGUACCUGUGGGACUGCAUGGUGACGGCGCUGCCGGUUGAUGACGGCAGCCAGAACCGCAAGGUGCUGGACUGCAUGGUCCAGGUCAUUGACCACAUUGAACAGCUGAGCCGCACUGGUCGCGUGCUGGGCGACCUCAAGUUGGAUAACCUGCUUGUGAACGCCCGGGGUGACGUGCUCCUGAGUGACCUGGACGGAGCCGGCUCCCACCCGAUCAGCACUCUGGCGCCCGUGCAGGCGGAGGCCGCCGCCGCCGCGGCAGCCGCCGCCGCCGCCUGCGCCGACCCCAGCCCCGCCGCCAAGGCCGCCGCCGCCGCCGCCGCCGAGGCCGCCGUGUUCGCCGCCCGGCUCGACACCGUGGCGGUUCCCACGCGGCCCUCCAUGGCGACUUGGGCCUACGCCGCACCCGAGAUGUUUGUGGGGCAGGUGCUGGAGCAGCUGCAACACAAGAGCCUGGCGGUGGUGGCGGCGGAGGCCAAGGCCGCGGGCCUUGACGGCGCGGUGGCGCUGCUGGCGCGGCUGUAUCGCGAGUGCCCCGGCGGCGCCAGCUCCAAGGCCGCGCAGCUGGCGUGGUUGCGCGGCAUGAACGGCGGGCGCGACAGCAUGUGCGGUGCCAGUCACCUGUACCUCUUCGGAGCGAGCACGACCCUGGCGGUGUCGAUGAUGGAGGCGACGCUGCAGCCGCAGAUGCAAUGGCUGCAGCAGCAGGAGCAGAAGCUGCGGGCGCAGGGCGCGGCGGAGGCGGACGUGACCGCGGCGGCCGAGGCGGCGCGGCUGACGGGGCUGGGGCUGGGGUUCCUGGUCGAGCUGCGUGCGGUGAUGCGGCCGCUGAUGGCGGCGGCGCCCGAGGCGCGACCCAGCCUCCGGCAGGUGCGCGCGGCGCUGGCGCAGCUGCAGGUGGACUGGUGCUAGCUAGCUUCACACCGUACGUAUAGCUGGACAGCUAGCUAGGCAGUUGAUGGCUAGGCCGUUAGCGAUAGCUAUCUAGGCAGGCAGGUGGUGCGUGGUGCGCGGUGCGUGCACUGGUGUGUGCUCACCGGGUACCGGCUAGAUCGAUAUAGGCAAGCAAGCAGCAGCUGCUGUGCGGCUGAUGAGAUGAGGUGAGAUGAGAUGAGAUGGGAUCAAUGACAGAUACGGCCUAUGAGUGGCAAGUGCUCAUUCAGGCAAGCAAUAAGGAGACGGUAGGCGCCACGGGGCGCCGGAUAGUAGUAGUCGGGUAUCAGCUGGUCGGUUGGAAACAGAGCGCUGGAACGAAGGCGUACACGCGUGUCGGCCUGCUGAGAUCAAGCAAGGCAGGAAGCGUAAGGGUUGUCCUCAGAAGUUUACUUUGCGGUUUGUGGUUUGUGGUUGUGGGCGGCCUGCUGCGGAGCGCACGCACGCGCGUGGGGCCGCCUUACUUGAAGUGUUUGUGUUUGACGAUUGUGUUUGCAGUAGACAUACGUGGUUAGUUUGUGUUGUGCGCGCGGUGAGCGAGACGGACGCGCAAGUCAGGACGGGAUGUAUGCUGAGAGCGUACGGUAUCCGGACUUCAAGACAUGACCUAGCUGACGAUGUGCAGCGCAAUUCCCAGUGCAAAUAAAAGCCCAUUUGAGACGCCAGGACUGCAAGAGGUGGUGGAGACGGGCCAUGCAUUGGCCCAACUAAAUG